CAAUUACUCCCUAUUCCGCUAUUAGACUAUUGCUUGCUUUCUCAAUUCUCCUUCUCCAUGUACUGGAUUUUCCAGCAAAAAGUCCCCAUGUACUUGAACUACCUCUGCAAAAUCUAAACUUUAACCAUUUUUUCUCCUCACAAUCCAUUCAGUUUUCAAGAUGGAAUUAUCGUGUUCAUCAUCUCCGCUUUCAGUUCAUUCCAUUCCUCAAGCUCACCGCCGUCUUUCUCCCCACCACCGCUGCCGGAAUGUUAUUUCUCUUUUCCCCAGCUACCCUCCUUCUACAAUCACCAGCAGCUGUACCAGCACCAGCACCAGCACCAGCUGUUCUUCCUCUUCUUCCUAUUUUGGGAUUUCGAUUUCUAACAAAACCAGGAUUUCUGUUUCGUCGGGAAAAGCUAAGUCAAACCGAUCGUUGUAUAUUGUAGCUGGGGUGUUUGAGAAAUUUACUGAGAGAGCAAUUAAAGCGGUUAUGUUUUCCCAAAGGGAGGCGAAAGCUUUGCAGGUAGAAAUGGUGUAUACCCAGCAUCUUUUGCUAGGACUUAUCGCAGAAGAUCGUGCUUCCGGUGGGUUUUUAGGCUCUGGAAUCACAAUCGAGAUGGCUCGCCAAGCCGUUAAGAGCAUUUGGCAUACCGAUACUGAUGAUAAGGAGGAGAAUGGUAAGGGUAAUGGGAGUGGUCUUGGUCCUGAGGGGGCAGAGGUCUCGGCCACUGAUGUGCCGUUUUCACCGAGCACUAAGCGGGUUUUUGAGGCUGCCGUGGAGUAUUCGAGGACUAUGGGGUAUAAUUAUAUUGCGCCGGAACAUAUUGCCGUUGGGUUGUUCACUGUUGAUGAUGGAAGUGCUGGCCGUGUACUUAAGAGAUUAGGGGCAAAUGCAAAUCACUUGGCAGCAGUUGCCAUCACCAGAUUAGAAGGAGAGCUAGCCAAGGAUGGCAGAGAUCUUCCCAGACGGCCUCAUGAAAAAGCUCCUGCUGCCAAAGCCAGCAUCGCAAGAUCCUCUCAAAGAACUGGAGAUCAGAAAAAAAAUGCACUGGACCAAUUCUGUGUGGACCUUACAGCACUGGCGAGUGAAGGUCGCAUUGAUCCUGUGAUUGGCCGAGAUACUGAAGUACAGAGAAUCAUUCAGAUACUCUGCAGAAGAACAAAAAAUAAUCCUAUUCUUCUUGGCGAAGCCGGGGUUGGUAAAACAGCAAUUGCUGAAGGGUUGGCAAUCAAGAUUGCGGAGGGAAAUGUGCCUUUCAGUCUCUUGACAAAGCGCAUAAUGUCCUUAGAUAUAGGUCUAUUAAUCGCAGGCGCAAAGGAGAGAGGUGAACUGGAAGGACGCGUGACUACAUUACUUAAGGACAUCAAAAAGUCAGGCAAUGUCAUUGUUUUUAUUGAUGAGGUGCACACACUUAUUGGUUCUGGGACAGUAGGACGAGGCAAUAAGGGAUCUGGUCUUGAUAUUGCCAAUUUAUUGAAGCCAUCACUUGGACGGGGUGAGUUACAGGUAAUACUUCUUCCUUGGUAGAUGCUUUAGUGUGCAUUAUGUUACCGGAUACUCAUUGAUACCUGGACAAGAAAUCAUGUUACACUGGUAUGGUCAUCGAUAUUGUAAGCUCAUGUUUCUAAUCUUGGCUUGGAAUUAGUAGCCGAAAAAAUGAAGUCAAUUGCUGCCUGUGAACACAAGUUUUUGAUCAUGGCAUGUGGCUUAAGAAGCAAGGGCAAGUGAGAAGCAGAGCCUAGUUUGAUUUUCUGGAAAAUAAGCUAAGAAAGUAUAGUGCUACAGUUUUAAUCGUCAGAUCAUCUGGAUUGCUAAGCAUGUGGGAAUAAAAUGUAUUCGUCUGUAUUAGGUUCAUAAAACAAAUGAUGACAAGAGUAGGCAUGAAUAUAAGGUUUUGAAAGUAUCUCUUAGCAUUGUCACCACUCAUGCACAAUGAAGUAGUUGGCUUAAAUUGUGGAAUUAAUUGAUGCUUGA